UGGGCUCCGCCCACGAAGUUUGUUGUCCUCGGCCUCCCGGACGAUUGUGGCGGUGGCAGUGGGAUCGGGUCUCCGCGCCACCAUGGCGGUGCGACAGGCGCUGGGCCGAGGCCUGCAACUGGGUCGGGCGCUGCUGCUGCGCUUCGCGGCCAAGCCCGGCCCGGUCUCGGGCUUGGGGAAGCCUGGCCCAGCGGCAGCCUGGGGCCGCGGAGAGCGCCCGGGCCGGGCCGCAGGCCCCAGAGCACAGCCAGGCCCGCUCGGGCUCCCCCUUCCCGACCGCUACCGCUUCUUCCGCCAGUCGGUGGCUGGGCUGGCGGCGCGGAUCCAGCGGCAGUUCGUGGUGCGGGCCCGGGGCGGCGCGGGCCCUUGCGGCCGAGCAGCCUUCCUGGCCUUCGGGCUGGGGCUGGGGUUGAUCGAGGAGAAGCAGGCGGAGGGCCGGCGGGCCGCCUCGGCCUGUCAGGAGAUCCAGGCAAUUUUUACACAGAAAAACAAGCUAGUGUCUGACCCACUGGACACACCGUGCUGGCAGGGCUUCCGUCUGGAGGAUUACCUGAUAGGACAGUCCAUCGGCAAGGGCUGCAGCGCUGCUGUGUACGAAGCCACUGUGCCCACACUGUCCCAGCACCUGGAGAAGGCCAAGUGCGUUGGCCUUCUAAGGAAAAGCCCAGAUGUCCUCCCAAAGGGAGCAGAUGGGGAGCGGGCCCCCGCCUUUCCCUUUGCCAUCAAGAUGAUGUGGAAUAUCUCGGCAGGUUCCUCCAGUGAAGCCAUCUUAAGCACAAUGAGCCAGGAGCUGGUCCCAGCAAGCCGGGUGGCCUUGGAUGGAGAGUAUGGAGGAGUCACUUACAGACGAUCCAGAGGCGGUCCCAAGAAGCUUGCCCCACACCCCAACAUCAUCCGGGUUCUCCGAGCCUUCACUUCAUCUGUACCCCUGCUGCCGGGGGCCCUGGCUGACUACCCCGAUGUACUGCCACCGCACCUCCACCCAGAAGGCCUGGGCCACAGUCGCACACUGUUCCUCGUAAUGAAGAACUACCCCUGCACCCUGCGCCAGUACCUUCAGGAGCACACUCCCAGUCCCCGCCUGGCUACCAUGAUGACCUUGCAGUUACUGGAGGGCGUGGACCACCUGGUUCAGCAGGGCAUUGCCCAUCGGGACCUCAAAUCUGACAACAUACUUGUGGAACUGGACUCAGACAGCUGCCCCUGGCUGGUGAUCUCGGAUUUCGGCUGCUGCCUGGCUGACGAGCGCAUCGGUCUGCAGUUACCUUUCACUAGCUGGUAUGUGGACCUCGGUGGCAACGGUUCCCUGAUGGCCCCUGAGGUGUCCACAGCCCAUCCGGGCCCCAGGGCAGUAAUUGACUUCAGCAAGGCUGACACCUGGGCUGUGGGGGCCAUCGCCUAUGAAAUCUUUGGGCUUGCCAAUCCCUUCUAUGGCCAAGGCAGAGCCCACCUCGAGAGCCGCAGCUACCAGGAAGCUCAGCUACCUGAGAUGCCCAAGUCGGUGCCUCCAGAUGCAAGACAGCUGGUGAGGUCACUGCUCCAGCGAGAGACCAGCAAGAGGCCUUCUGCACGUGUGGCUGCAAACGUGCUGCACUUGAGCCUCUGGGGUGAGCAUCUUCUAGCCCUGAAGAAUCUGAAAUUGGACAAGAUGAUUGGCUGGCUCCUCCAGCAAUCAGCAGCCACUCUGCUGGCUGACAGGCUGAUGGAGAAGAGCUGUGUGGCAACAAAGCUGCAGAUGCUGUUUCUGGCUAACCUGGAGUGUGAGACACUCUGCCAGGCAGCCCUCCUGCUCCGCUCCUGGAGGGCAGGCCUGUGAUGGCUCUGUGCUGCGCUGUUACUAAAAGACGGGGGCAUCUAUGUUGUGAUGUCAUGAUGGUGUGUGAAGGCCGAAGGAGGUGGCUUGGCUGGGUGGGUGGGAGUCAAGGGACAAGCUGAAGUGGGGCUGGUCAGCCAAAGAGGAAGCCUGAGGUUCAGCAAAUGGAAAGAGCGACCUUGAACAGUUGAGGCUGUAGACAUUCACUGGCUGUGCAGGUUUGAAUAAAUCCUGUGGCCCAACCCA